GUGAGCCACUGUAUCUGUUGCGAAUUGGGGUACCCCUCCAUCGGCUCCAAACUAAACAAACAAGCGAUUGACAGUCGAGUAGUAGGACAGUCGAGUAGCAGGACACGGAAGAAGAAUAGAGAGGGAAAAAAAGAGGAUUCGGCGGGAAGAGCAGACGAAACUACCGCGCCGAAUAGAGUAGUCGAAUUUUUAUUCGCUCGAAUAUUCGAUUAUUUGUAUUAUUUGCUCGUUACUAAAAGCGAAUAAAAUAUAUUCUUACAUCGGACGCGACGUCUCUCAUUAUUCAACAAUAAAAAUUCGACUAUUAGAUUGUUGAAAAACUAGUGAAAAUUAGAAGCUGCUGAAGUUUCGAGAAACUAUCGAAACUAGGUGAACUACCGUUAGCUUGAAGAAGUGGCGUUGCUGAAGCUUGGUGAACUACCGUUAGCUUGAAGAAGUGGCGUUGCUGAAGCUUGGUGAACUAUCGUUAGUUUGAAGAAGUGGCGUUGCCGAACUAUUGGUGAGACUGAUGAGUGUGAGAAGCGGUGCUAGCAACUCGAGCGCGGGGUUGAUGACCGACGUCGUAGUGGCAACGACCUCCACUCGAAAGAUGGAGGACACAGCGGCGUCAUCCGCGAAGACGCCAGCCGGCCAGACGGCGAGCCCAACUGCAAAGGAGACAGCGUCACACCCAGCAAGUGCGAUGGCGGGAAAAACCGGGCGUGUGAAGUCAGUGACCGCGACAGCCCGCCAACCGAAGGGGACGGUCCGAAAAAAUGUGCAUACGCCGGCGUCUGCGGCUGGUAAGCCCACCCCGCCAGGACCGAAGCCGGUAAAAACUAGAACGACGCAGCCGAAACAGCAACGAAAACCAGCUGAAAACCCGGAAGUGAAGUUGCCGGCUGCGGAACCAGAAGAUCGGCCGCUUCCACCCAUCACGCCGAAAGUGCAAGGAACUCCGUCCAUCGUAAGCGGUCGGAGCCAUUCGUCGAGGGCUGUGCGGGAACUAUGCCAGCUCAAGCUGCAGCAGCUAGCGGAGGAGAAGGCUCUAGAGGACUCCUACUUAGAGCAAAGGUUAGCAGAGAAAAAGUCCCUGGAUGCGGCGUACCUGGCAAAGAAGUACGAGCUCCUGGCCGAGGAAGCAGAGCUGUGCGCAGAGAGCGGGGGUUCAACGACAUCGAGCUGCACUAGAAGGACGAACCGGACUCACGAGUGGGUCGAAAGCACCCGCGCUACUACGAACGAGGCGAUCGCAGUGGCGACAGCUCGCCCACCGUCACUAGCAAUGCCAGGAGCAGUGCAGAUGAGUUCCACGGUAGCAGAGCAACCCACAGCGCCAUUUAGGCCGGAGCGGCAGGUUAGUUGGUUACAAUACAGCGACCAGUUUCAGCUGUCCACUUCGCAGAUUCAGGCGCGGAAGGCUGUGUCAAGGGAGCUACCCACCUUUAAAGGGGAACCGGAGGGUUGGCCCAUGUUUAUCGCGGGCUUCCACCACACUACACACAUGUGCGGCUACACGCCGGAGGAGAACAUCGUGAGGCUCCAGAGCAGUCUCAAAGGCAAGGCGCUGGACACCGUCCGGGCUCUACUAAUGCAUCCCGAAAACGUCGACCAAGCUAUCGAAACGUUGAAGACUAGGUUCGGGCAACCGGAGAUAAUAGUACAUCAGCUGAUAGACAACAUCAGUCGGCUACCGCCUAUCCGAGACGAUAAUCCAGAGGCGCUGAUGGACUUCGCGGUACAGGUUCAGAAUUUAUGCUCAACCGCAAAGGCUUGCGAAAUGAACGAGCACAUGUACAACAUCACUCUGCUCCACCAGUUGGUGCAAAAACUAUCGCCGACUUUGAGACUCAACUGGGCAGAGCAGCGAACUAAGUUGGGUCCUGUGAGCUUAACUGACUUCAGUGCAUGGGCUUUCUCUCUCGCCAAAGCUGUACACGCGGUAUCUUAUAGCCUACCUCGCGCAGAGGAAGCUAGCAAAGUCGCAAGAGAGGUCGCGCACCCCAGACGGCGUGGUAAUCCGAGCCCACGGCCAGAGUACAAAGUGUUCACCAACGCGCACACAGAGAGAGCGGUCGAGCGGUGCACGCUGUGUAAAGCAGACUGCCCCGGACUUGCCGACUGCGAACAGUUCCGGAAACUCACGUGGCAGGGGAAGUGGGACUUCGUAAAAAGACACCGAAGGUGUUUUAACUGUCUCGCCCCUAUGCACGGACGCUGCAAUCGAACGAGCUGCGCGGCGGAAGAGUGCCCCGGGAGACAUCACACGCUACUGCACAAACAUGAAACCGAGGUAGAUGCAAAAAGAUCUGAAAAUGUAAGCGGAGCAUUAUCGACGAAGAUAACAUCACAAUUGAUCAUAACCAAGUGCGAGUGGAAGAUGGCGGCAAUUGCAUUAUCGACGAAGAUAACAUCACAAUUGAUCAUAACCAAGUGCGAGCAUUUAAAUGCACGUUGCAACUGCAACGUCACAUCACAAUUGAUCAUAACCAAGUGCGAGCAUUUAAAUGCACGCCGUUGCAUGACGGCCAGCAACCCAAUACAGAAGGAUUUGGUAUAUUUGCUCGACUUGUUUAAUGUCGCCCGGCAGAAGUUCGAAGCAAUCCGGGCCGAGCAUGAAGUGACACGGGCUAUGUUUGCGAACAGCGACGAUGAAGGUCAGUCGGAGUUCGAAGGAGGUGAACGCCGGGAGGUGUUGAUCCGUGCAGCGGGUCUGCCCCGCAGCUCCCCAGUGUCUAAGCGAUCGGAGGUGGAGGACAUCCUGUUGGAGUCGCUCCCAGUCGAUAAGCUUGGCGUGCAGUUUUACUAUUCCCUCGUCCACAUGGUAGGCAUGAUCGGCACCAAAACUGGGACGGAGGCGUUCACGCAGUGUGUAGAGCAACUGCUGCGUGAUUCCCGGCGGCUGCUGACAACCAUUGCUAACCCAGGAAUGAGGGUGCUGGAAAUCAGUGCCCUACGAAUGAUAUUCGCCGUGGAGAAGGCGAAACAUUCAGCCAAAGUUAAGGACGAGGAUCUUUCCUGA